AUGCCUCUCAUCGUCGACGUCCACACGCACGUCUACCCGCCAGCAUACAUGCAAAUGCUGCGAAGCCGAAAAACAGUCCCCUACGUGCAUGAUCCCUCCAACAACCAAGAUCCCCGCCUGAUUAUCCUCUCCUCGGACGAUGACUCUUCUAUCCCGCUCGACCAGCGCGGUCGCCCUGUUGACUCUUCGUACUGGGACAUCAACGUGAAGCUCUCCUUUAUGCGCCAGCACGGCAUAAACUGCAGCGUGAUCUCGCUCGCCAAUCCUUGGUUGGACUUUGUCGAGCCGGCUGAGGCCCAACUGUGGGCGGAGAGAAUCAACGACGACCUAGAAAAGACCUGCGCAGAAGUGAACAGGGCCGCUGACCCGGAGAGCGCUUUAGCGCUUGACCAGAAGCACACGUUGUUUGCGAUGGGUGCGUUGCCGUUGAGCGCGCCGAGCGCCGAGCCUGUUGUUGCUGAGAUUAAACGGCUAAAGACGCUACCGCAUCUCCGGGGCGUGAUUAUGGGGACUUCGGGGCUGGGAAAUGGGCUGGAUGAUGCGAGGCUUGAUCCUGUGUGGAAGGCUCUGCAGGAGACGGACACACUGAUGUUUCUGCAUCCGCAUUAUGGCCUGCCGGAUGAGGCUUUCGGUGGACCCGAGGCAACGGGUCGGUAUGGACAUGUUCUUCCGCUGGCGUUAGGGUUCCCUCUAGAGACCACGAUUGCGGUGACGAGGAUGCUACUGUCUGGUGUUUUUGAUCGAUUCCCGCGUCUCAAGAUCCUCCUCGCUCAUUCUGGAGGCACGCUUCCCUUCCUGGCUGGGCGGAUUGAGAGCUGCAUCUUCCAUGAACGCAAGUUUGUUUCUGGAGGUGGUGAUGUACAGGGUCCGCAGAGGAGUGUUUGGGAUGUGCUCAAAACGAAUAUCUACCUAGAUGCGGUGGUAUAUGGCAAGCCUGGAUUAGAGGCGGCGAUGGCUGCAUCGGGCUCUGAUCGUCUACUCUUUGGAACCGACCAUCCUUUCUUCCCUCCCCUGGACUCUGCGGGUAAUGACUGGCCGAGUGUGACGACGAACUACAAAGCGAUUCACGCGACUUUUGAUACAAACUCUGAGACGGUGGCAGAUGUACUAGGUGGAAACGCUGCUCGCAUUCUAAACUUGAAAUGA